GUACGGAACAUUCAAGUUCCACAACGCCAACAGAGAGAAGCAGACAAUUGUUUGCUUUAAGACGUACGGAACAUUCAAGUUCCACAACGCCAACAGAGAGAAGCAGACAAUUGUUUGCUUUAAACUGUCAAGAAAUGGGAGAAAGUCCGGUAAGAGUCUUGGUGUGUGGAGACGUGCACGGCAGGAUUGGUGCUGUGUUCAGCAGAGUGCAGACAAUCCAGAAGAAGACAGGACAGUUUGAUCUGCUGCUGUGUGUGGGAGAAUUCUUCGGGUCGACACCAGAAGCGGAGGAAGAGUGGCAGCAGUACAAAAGUGGAGCAAAGAAAGCUCCCAUCCACACAUACAUCCUGGGCGCAGGAAGCCAGGAAACGGCGAAGAAGUUCCCCAGCGCAGACGGCUGUGAGCUGGCUGACAACAUCACAUAUUUGGGUCGCCGUGGCGUGUUCACUGGUGUGUCGGGCCUGCAGAUCGCCUACGUGAGCGGUCAGGAGGCCCGGCAGGAGCCGGCGCCCGCCCACUGCUUCACGCCCAAAGACCUAGCGGCCCUGGUGGCUCCGCUGACCGGCAGCUCCAAGUUCCGAGGCGUGGACAUUCUGCUGACGUCUCAGUGGCCCAAGGGGGCGUGGCGCUUUGCUAACCAACCGGAAGUGGACACAAAGUCUUGUGGGAGCGGCGCCAUCGCCAACCUGGCGGACAAAGUGAAGCCGAGGUACCACUUUGCUGCACUAGAGGGCGCUCACUAUGAGAGACUACCUUACAGGAAUCACGUGGUUCUGCAGGAGAACGCUCAGCAUGUCACUCGCUUCAUCGCCUUGGCAACCGUCAACAACCCCGCCAAGAAGAAGUACCUGUACGCCUUCAACAUCCUUCCCAUGAAGACCAUGGACCACACGGAGCUGGUCAAACAGCCUCAGGACGUGACGGAAAACCCUUACAGGCGCGUGCAAGGACAAGAAGGAGACGUUAACAAGCAGCUUGGGCACCACCCAGCUUCCCUGAUGUCUGUGCAGGAGCCCAGCACGCAGUUCUUCUUCGACCUCAGCAGCGGGCAGAGCCGCGGCGGGCGGGGCCGCGGCAGGAAGAGGCCGGACUGGGACGGAGGACGCGGCGGAUCGGGACACAAACACCCUCGCAGGCACCCUCUUCCGCCUGGAACGUGCUGGUUCUGCCUGGCCAGCCCUCAGGUGGAGAAACACCUGGUGGUCAGCAUCGGAACACACUGCUACUUAGCGCUGGCCAAAGGCGGGCUGACCUCGGGUCACGUGUUGGUCCUGCCCAUCGGCCACUACCAGUCCGUGGUGGACUUGGCCUCGGAGGUCCUGGCGGAGAUGGACAAGUACAAGGCGGCCCUCAGGAGCUUCUACAAAAGCCGAGGGGAGCGCUGCGUGCUCUUUGAGAGGAACUACAGGAGCCAGCACCUGCAGCUUCAGGUGGUCCCGGUCCCGCUGGACCGCUGCGCCACUGAGGACAUCAAGGAGGCCUUCGUGGUCCAGGCUCAGGAGCAGCAGAUGGAGCUGAUGGAGAUUCCACAACACAGCGACCUCAAACAGAUCGCUCCGCCCGGGACGCCGUACUUUUACGUGGAGCUGGAUUCGGGCGAGAAGCUCUUCUACCGCAUCCAGAAACAUUUCCCGCUGCAGUUUGGGAGGGAGGUUCUGGCCAGCGAGGCGCUGCUGAACAUCCCCACUAGGGCCGACUGGAAGGAGUGCAAGCAAAGCCGCGAGGAAGAGGAAGCGGCGUGCGCGCGGCUACGAGACCAAUUCCAACCGUACGACUUUGCUCUUGAGGACUGAUCUUUAUUUUGAAAUGAUCUUUUUGUAAAUAAAAAACAAAACAAAACCAGUCUUUGUUGAUUUAUUAAGCAUUUUACAAACAAGUUUUAAAAGAAGACUAAACAUCAACGUUAGCGACAUAAAACGGGCUAAAUAUUAGCAUCUUUGACGUCGUUAGCGCUCAAAACUAAAAAAAAAAAAAAAAAAAGUUCAAAAGCUCAGGCGCCACACAUUCACACGUCCAAGAUGGCCGUCCUGAGUGCACCCGAGCGUCGCCAAGUUAAAAAAAACAUGUUACUAAAGUGAAGGAGAGUAAGCUUGACGUUUAAACGAAGUCUCUGGACCUCUUGAUGGCGCAGCACAGCAUCAUGCUGAAGAUCAUCCCGAAGAUCUGGAAACAUUUCAUCGUCAAAUUUAAUUAGAAGAAUACCAUUGUUCUGUUAGCUCCUCCCACUCACCAUGAUGACGCCGAUACCGA